AUGUCAUCCAAAGAUAAUAUCGCCAACGUAAACACCGAUGACCACACCGAUGACCCGGAGGAUAUUUUAGAAUGUGCUCAGCUAAAUUCUGUGAUAUUUCAUUCUAAACUUUUCACACUCAAUAUAAUGAACCAACAACAGGACAGGAUUUCGGGCCCAACUCCAAGUUACAACCCCUCAAAAGUAGUGCGGCCUCAUGCUAUCGAGGAAAUUGUAAGUGGGCCGUGUAGCGACGAGGUAAAAAAACAACUUGGGGAGAAUCUUCUCGAUUCUUUCGCCUUAAUAUUCGCUCGGCCUGGAUCCGAUGGAGUUACUGCGACCGCCAUGGAGUGGGAUAGCAAAAAUCCAAGUAGAUACAUCCUCCACGUUGCCAGGAAUUCCGGCGAAGAUAGUCUAUCAUCUUAUCUAGUUUCGAGGAUCCAAGUGUGGUUUGAAACGCCCCACGAUAAUUACGUCGAUAAUCCGGACAUCACGAAUGAAUUUUGGCAAGAAAUUGUCCAGAGCUGUUACCCAAACAUUAAGAAGUCUAUGUUUGAAACAUGUUAUGUAAAAUUACAGAAUGUUUACGACAAAGAUGAGUAUCCUUUUGAGGAUCUUCGAAACUUAAUUAUCGAUGUAGCUUGUACUAAAUCCGAUGAUGAGAUACCACCACAGGCCAAGGGUCUGGUAUAUGUCCUGGAUAUCGUGUACUAUCUGAGCGAUUACGAUUUGGUUUGGACGCGUGAAAGCACUUAUUUUCGUCUCGGUGACCUAACAAGUAUACCCACCAAGAAAGAUCUCAAGCUUAUCCAUAAACUCAUACAUAUAUGUUAUGAGCUACUGGAAUCUUACUUGGUCCCCAUGGAUGACUUGAUUCACCAGUGUCGUCGUAGAUGUCGGGAAAUCGGAUACGUGGACCGUAAAAUCGAGUACCCUGAAACGUUCUUAUUGAGAACUAGACGCUUAGUCCACAUCAUUGCAGAAUACCGCAGAGCAUGGUUUGAUAUGGUCCGUUUCAAGAUAGAUCAUAGAGAGGCUUCUCUGCAAAUCAGGAUAGUGCCUCUGGAUAAAUUUACCGUCUCGAUGAAGUUAGAGUCAAUAGGGAACGAACCAUACAGAACGGAAGUAAGCAAGAUUAUAAAUGAACUAGAAGAAUGCAUUGCCAAAUGCCUUAAUAAUCAAUCACACUCGUCGGUUGAUCCAUCCACCGUACGAAGGAAACCACGGGAUCUAUCAUGGCAAGGUCGCAUAUUGAAGAUAUGGGACCAUGCCCCAUUCGUCGUGCAUUGUGAGAUGCAGAUAUUAGAACUAUUGCUGAGACAAGGCAGUUCAAAGUUUUUCAAUUACAUUGGCUGUAGCAAAGGCGCUUGCUGGCUCUGCUAUCAUGCUAUAACUAUGAUGGCUCCUGAGUUCACGAGGAGAGAGCCGCAUCUAAAGCUGUAUCCGAGAUGGUUAAUGAUGUGGGAUAAAUAAGACAGGUGAAACCGGGCCUUUGGUAGAUAUUCUAUCUCAUAAUAGUUAUCAUGAAGGCAUCAUCCCAAGGAAAAGGGCAAUGAAGACUUCGCGCCUUAUAUCUGACUCUCAGUUGAGAAGUUAUUCACUAGGUAUCCCGACUAAAAGCAGCGGGAAUAUCGACUAGUCACAUGGAAAAUAUAAAUGACAAAU